UUUUACGACAGGACGUAUUCACCGGUUGUCAGAGCAACACCCUACCGCCGCUGUUGAGUUACAUUAGCAAGUAUAGCCAUUUAUAUCAAUGGAACGAUGUAUCCGAGGGAAUUGCUGCAACUACUCAGUUUGUUACUUUGGUAUAUAUCUUUGUGCAACGAGCUAUAACAUGUUGACUUGCAUCAGUCGUUUCAGAGCGCACCACUACCAUUGUGGUGAAUAGGAAGACGUUUGAGAAAGUCAUGCAGCAUCGAAUCGAUUGCUGAGAAUUCAGUGUUCACGACAUCUUUCAAGAAAACUCAAUGUCCAUUUUCUCAACGAACGAGCCCUGUUGCCUUUUGGAUGCACGUAGCAACAUACACCAAACAGGCCUAAUCAGAGACCUACAUUCCAUGCCUGUGGUCCCAUGCUAAGCGCUAAAAGCCAGCCAAUGAUGCUAACCUUCACCACCCCUGAAGCAGAGGACGAGGCCUGUUGCUGGGACUCCCCGCAGAAACCUAGACCUCAAUUCACCCACUCAUGCCUGUGAUCCCUAUCCCUCGGCGAGUGCGCAGCUUCCAUGGCCCCCACACCACCUGCAUGCACUCGGCCUGCGGGCCGGCGCGCACCACCCAGCUUGUGCGCAGCAAGUACAACAACUUUGACCUGUACCUGCGCUCGCGCUGCAUGUACGGCUUCCUGCGCUUCCUGCUCUACUUCGGCUGCAGCCUUCUGACCUCCCUCCUCUGGGUGUCGCUGUCUGCUCUCUUCUGCCUGCAGUACGUGAGCGCCCGCGUUUUCCUGCGGCUGCAGUACAAGCUGUCCGUGAUCCUGCUGUUGCUAGGACACCGGCGCUUUGACUUUGGGGUGCUCAACAACCUGUUCAUCUACAGUAUGCAGGUCACAAUGUUCCUGGUGGGAGGCCUGGGCUGGUGCUUCUUGGUGUUUGUUGACAUGUAGCGUCUGGUGACAACAGACCAUGGAUCAAUGUUUUAUGCCAAUGUCAGACAUCCACCUGAGUGACUCACAGCAGCCAUUUUGUACCAAAACACUACACACAGCAGCAGUUGUGAUGAAGGCGUGAGGAUGUCCAGGAAUAAAAGGUGGACAGAUGAUAUAGUGUAGGGAUUCUUGAAAGACCAGACAAUCAUACUUUUUUUCACAAACACACACACAUACACACACAGAAAAGUAUGUGAACAGCCCUUCAAAUUAGUGGAUUUGGUUA